GUCGAGCAGCAUUUGGACCCUCGAUAGAUAGCCCAUCCACAUUCCCCUCCUCUCCUUCUCCGUCCCACGACUCCCACCUCGCGCAUACUCUUUCCUCCGAUAAGCACAGCCCUCCGCCGUCCUCCACCUUGUACGUUGGCCGCUUUCAUUGCUCCUUUGCCGGCCGAGAGUCAUAAAGAAGGGCGGAGGAUCAUCGGAAGUGGAGGAAAUGACGAUGGAGUGGUCUGACGGCGGCGAGGAGUUCCUGCUGCCCGACGAGUUCCUCGACGACGACUUCUUCUCCGAGGAGGAGAAGGCCGCCGUGGCCGCGCGGAGCGAGAGCGACGAGGAGGACUCCAUGGCCGGCCUCUCGCGCCGCCUCGCCGGCCUCCUCGGCGACGGUGGCCUCGCUGUCCCGCCUCCCAAGGAGGAGGUGAGUUCCGGGUCCCCGAAAUCCACGCUGUAUGGCCUACCCAAGUCCGGCCAGGAGAGCCCCAACGGCGGCGCGUCGCAGGGCAACUCCCCGCCGUCCUCGCCGCUGGAGCAGAAGCCGACCGACCCGUGGGACCUCCUGUACGAGGCUGCCGGCGAGGUGGCGCGCAUGCGCGUGAACAACACCGUCCCGGUACCGAGUAACCCGUACGGCUUCCACGGCCACGGCGGCUUCGCGCCGCCGGCGCGCAACACUUCGCCGCCGCCACCACCGCAUCCUCCCGUGGCAGCACCAGCCGGCGGCGCCUACUACCACCCGUUCGCCCACUUCAUCACGCAGCGCCAGAUACAGGCGGCAAGGUUCCAUCUCCUGAAACAGCAGCAGCUCCUCAAGCAGCAGCGGGAGCGGCAGCUCUUCGCGGCCGCCGCCUGGGGCGUGCGCCGCAACGCCGCAUGCAAAAGGCCAAGCGGCGGCGGCAGCGGCGCAGCACCAAUCGACCUGAGCCCGGCGGCGUUCCCACCGCUCCUGAAGACGCAGCUGCAGCGCGCGCCGCCACCACCCCCUCACGCCGCCGGCGCCGGCAUGCGCGCGGUGUUCCUUACCCCGCCCGGCGCCAAGCGCGAGCGUAACGGCACCGGCGUCUUCCUCCCGCGGCCGGCCGGCGCGCCGGCGGAGCCCAAGAAGAAGACAAGCUGCUCGACGGUUCUUGUCCCCGCCCGUGUCGUGCAGGCCCUGAAUCUCAACCUCGACGACCUCGGCGCCCAGCCGCGCUACCCCGGCGGCUUCGUGCUUGACCAUGAUGCUUUGAUUAGUCGGAGCAACGCCAUGAUCGCAAGCCAGAAGCUUCGGGCAGCGCAGUCUUCCUCGCCGUCGCCGCCGCAACCCUCCCAGGCGCUCUGCCACAGCUCGUGAACCCAGUCGCCGGCCGGAGCAGUGGGGAGGGAGGGAGCCGCCGUUGAAGCGGCAACGUCUCUGCAUCUGCUCUUGGUCUAGUAGUUUAAUAAUUUCAACAAUAAAAAUCGGUACCGGUACGUUGUGUUAGGUCGUAGUACUAGCAAUAUAAGUAGGAUUAAGCAGUAGAGUAGCGUCAGGUUUUAGGUGCGUUCUCAUUUUGGAUUGGUGAUACAUUGUUUUUUGGGUGAAGCGGCGGGGCAUGGAUGAAGAAGGAAGAAAUCCAUGUCCUGCCAGUUUGGUUCGUAGAAAUAAUAAGUGGUACUUUUGGAGUUGAGAGAGAUGUUGAAUCGGUUUGUAGUAGUAAGAAAGAAGAUAAAUGUUGAGUGGAAAUGGGCUAAUCUUGCAGAAGCAGAAAUAAAGAGACCCUUUUUCUUU